AUGAAACCGCGAGACCUAUGGGAACUCAUGGUGGAGAUCCUCGGUCCGUGCCUAAACAAGUCUGAUACGCGCGACACGGACGUUAUUGUGGAUGAAACGCUUAUGACAUGUAGUACACUGGAGGAUGGGCAGGAAGCCCUAGUACGCGACGCCGUGUCAGGCACCCUUCAUUUUGAGAAAGUGUGUGAAGGGAUGUUGAGAGGUUUUUGUGAUUACUGCCGGCGAACCAAUUUAGACAGAUGCUCCAUGUACCUUAUCGCGUAUUUUGUGGUGUUUCGGUACGAAAAAGUAGGAGGUCACAAUCUACGGGAAAUGUUCUAUCGCAGCACUACUACAAAUAUUCUCGUGGAUUACUUGGAGUACAUGACCGACCCGGAGGGUGUCACGGAACACUCGUGUGGUUACUGGAACGCGCAUUAUGAUUCUUCCUUUGUUGAAAACUUUGUUUGUCACACACUGCAAGAUGUGGCGACCCAAGUGCGCCAAGAUAUUGUCGAGUGGUUGCAGGCGAAAGUCCCUGGUGGCGUGGUGCCAGUACGUGAGUCGACGGAGGAGGAUGUGUGUAAGAGGCUUUUAUCCACCGCGAAACCAGCUUCCACUGUCAAAGCUCCACCUUCAUCGCUCUGGGAAGUUAAACCUCCGACGCUUCCACCAGCGGAGGUAAGAGAAAUGAUGUUCACUAUCCCUGAGGAGCGGCCGCCGCGUAUCGACUGUUCAAAACCGCCAACGGCCGCAGUGCUUCCUCGCAAGACUCCGACGGUGCCCAUUGGGUUUAGUUUCAUGCAACGGCGCCCGCUUUCCUCUUUUAGAAAGAAGAUACAGGAGCGAGGGGAAGCUGGAGCUGCAGCCGCAUCCUCAGAACUUCGACCACCCGAAGUGAAGGUGGUGACGGAUAAGCCAGUUGAAGUACGCCCGACUGCUGGCACUAUACGGAGGGAGGCGUUGUUGUAUAUUAAAAGAGAGGAAGAAAGGAAACGUGCAUUGAAAGAAGUGGAGGUGAGUCUUCAUGACGCUCGAGAAUACGAUGACUGGAGGGAGAGGGAAAGGAAGAAAGAAGAGCAGGAACAAGCUGAAGAGGUCGUUAGGCGCAAGGAAAAAAUUAAGCAAAUCGCUGAAAGUGCAACAGAAAAGCGAAAAGCAAUUGAAGAAGCGAAGAAAGCUAUGACUCAGAAGUGUAGGUCGGAAAAACUCUCGCUAGAGGAAGCCUAUGCCGCUCAGAAAGAAUUUUACAAAACCUACCAACAGGGCAUUGUGGAGGAAAGAAAGAAGGAGAAUUUAGAAAAGCGUGAGAGGGCUUUGAAGCGCAUGAACAGAGCUCGGUUCUCCGCUGCUGCGCGUGUGCGAGAUGAAAGGGAGAGGCUCAAGGAGGAGGCAAACGAGGAACAAGAAAGGAUAAGGGAAGAACGGCUCGCCAUCAUUCAGGAGAUGCAGGCGCUGCGAGAACGAAACCGCCAGCGGAAGGAAGAGCAGGCACAAAUGAAUUUUGAGAGUCGCGAGGUGCCUUCCCACUCUUAUGUGAGUCAUACGAUGACUGAUCGCGAACUAAGGGAAGAAUUGAGUCGGUUAAAGGUAGAAAACGCUCAUCUUGAGGAGGAGCGGCGGGCUCAACUUCGGGCCGCGAGGCAAAAGGAGCGUGAAAAAUUGGAGGCGUUGCUGCUGAUGUGUGCCAAACGACGUCAAAAUGUGCGGCGCGCGCGCGUUGAGGAAAUCGCGAUCAAGAAGGCACAGAGGGCCGCUCUCGAGGAGGCACAGAACGAUGAAGCACAGAAGAAGGCUCAAGCCACAUGUGAUAUGCUAAAGCAAAAGAGGAACAACAAACGGGCAGAACAUUUGGCGUUUGCAAGGGAAGACCGGAUGCGGCAAAACAAACUAGUUCUCCUCGCAAAAGAUGCACACACUGUUGAGGAGAACCGCUGGAAACAGCAGGAACUUGGCGUCGUAAAUAGAAUUACACUGAACCAGAACAAGAGACUUUACUCUAUGCAGGCGUAG